CCGGGUCAUUCUGUGAUUCUGUGAUUCUGUGACUUAAGGUGAUAGACUUGUGAGCAAACAUGAGAAAUUCACACGCAUCUCAUUAAUAAGAGUCAGAUUUUUUAUCCCGAGAGAAUGCCCACAAGUAUUAUGAUAAAAGCAGCCUCUUUCUUGGUCCCUGUAUCCACGUGCCUCAGCGCACUCAGUAAAUCUGCGGUGAUUGAAUGUAACCUUUAUUGCAUGUAGCCCAAGAGUUAGCUCAUGCCAUUUCGCAGCCGCCGCGGCCUGAAUGGCGAUGACACAUGCGUUACAAGGCAGGCAUGUUUUAGCAGGGCACAGCUGCAGGCUGAAGUUCUAAUAAAAAGCUGAUUCAGGGCUCACGCGGCGGCGUUUGGGGUUUUCUCGCCGGGAUUUUGGUGUUUUUUCACCGUUGUUAAGCGUUCGGCCAGGAAUAGAAACUGCCUCUUUAAGAAGCCUCCGCGUAGGUAGCAGGAGCAGCCUGCAGAAUGCAGGGGAAGCUUAGCUUUGCUGCGAAGCCCGAGUGUAACCUAACUAGCUGGGGGAUAUGCAACUGCUGAUUGACAGCAGGACCAGCAUUAUGCAAAUACUGCCAGAGCUGGGGGCUCUGUUAGGGAGCUCUCUACACACGCUGCGCUACGUGCUGCGCUCGCUUCUCCUCCUGCCCGGUUUAACAGUCAAUAAACGGCACCAAACAAUUUGUUGCUUUUCGGGGACGUGGUGGCGUGUAAAAAUCUCGAGUGCGGUUUCAGUUUUGAGAUACGUGUGAGAGAGCCGGAGCUAUGUGUCAGAGCUUGUUACUCAAGCUAAAUUAGGUAAUUUUUAGCUGGGUAAUGUGCUAAUCUUUAAACCUUUAUGUUUUUAAAUCCUGCGUGCGUCUGGUCUCUUCAUACAAAAGUGUAUUUUGCUUGUUUCUUCUCGUCUUCUUCAGUCUGAAGCCUUAUGUAGGUCAGGCUUGGCUUAAGCAGAUUUCCUGAACCUGCGUCAGCUUAAGCUGAAGGAAUUUUAAUAAACCCUCCCUUGUAGGCGUGGGCCUAAAUGAGACUAGCCUAGUUAAGCCUGAUCUUUUUCUGUUUGUGAAAAAGAGCUGAGCAGAGCUAGGGACUGCAUGGUGGCUUCGGGAGCUGCUUCCUUAAUUCAGAGCUAACAAUGGUCGGGAAGGCCAGAUCUUCUAAUUUCACCUUAUCUGAAAAGCUCGAUUUGCUAAAACUCGUGAAGCCUUACGUUAAAAUUCUCGAAGAACACACCAAUAAGCAUUCCGUAAUAGUGGAAAAAAACAAGUGCUGGGAUAUCAUAGCCGAUAACUACAAUGCCAUCGGAGUAGAUCGCCCGCCUCGCACCGCACAGGGCCUGCGCACGCUGUACAAGAGGCUCAAAGAAUAUGCCAAGCAGGAGCUAUUGCAGCAAAAGGAGACUCAUUCAGACUGUAAAAGCAGCAUUUCCGAGCCAACCAAGAAAGUUGUGGAGAUGAUUCCACAGAUUUCCAAGAUGUGUAUAAGAGACAGGAGCGGUGUACAAAGCACUAGUAUCGAUAAAGAAACAAUUGCUGGUACCAGUUCACCACAGGCAAUGUUGGAUCACCAUCCUGCUACAGUCAUGAUGGAGUUGCAGUCGGAAGAGGAUGUCAAACCUCCUCCUUCUUUGAUAAUAGACUCACAGCCCAGUGAGAAUGUAGAACAAGAGGAAGAUCACCAGUUGGUGCACAUUAUGGAAAGGUCUCCUUCGACGUCAGUAUCUUCAGUUGACAUGAGAGUUAUGAUGUCUCCCUCUCCUGUGCCAAGAAGAGAUGAGUUCUUUAGGCUUGAGGUUGGAGAACGCUUUAGACCGAUGUGUGGGUAUGACCCACAGAUGUUGCAAAUGCUGAAAGAAGAGCAUCAAAUAAUAUUAGAAAAUCAAAGAAAAAUUGGGCUUUACGUCCAAGAAAAAAGAGAUGGUUUGAAAAGAAAGCAGCAGCUGGAAGAAGAACUGUUGCGAACAAAAAUCAAAGUAGAGAAGCUAAAGGCAAUACGACUACGCCGUGAUCUGCCAGAAUACAGCAGUAUCUAAAUAUUUUAUUACUUCUGUCACAUCCCCUGAAAUACUUAAUAAUAAAUGCUUUUGCCCUAGUGAAACUGUUCCUUAUGUUAAUAUGGCCUUGAAAGAUGAAAGCCUGUUUUCCAUGUUGUUGUUUAUGUACCUUAAUAAAAACACCUUGUAGGGGUUUGAGUGCACCAGCUCUUCUGGGUUGAAGUAUAAUGAAAUCGUAUAGACUUCAGGACGAUGAAAAUCCCAACUUGUUAAAUAUUUCAACUUAUCUGUAAUAGAGUUGCAAAAAGCAAUUCAGCUCAGUUCUAUUUCAACAUUUGACCAUACCCGUUAUUUGUUCAAACAAUUAGCAAUCCUUUAUUACCUUCACUUACUGCUUAGUAAAGACGUAAAAAGGAGGAGUAAGAAGCUAAGUUUGAAUGUGCUCUUCUUUUCAUGUUGGUAAAUCUUGUGACAGUGGUGAAAUUUUGCUGAUGCAUCAGCUUGGAAAACAGAAUUACUGGAUUGUUCUAUUUUUUUAAUGUUCAGUAGACAGUUGAAUAAAUGUACAUCUUUUAAGAAGUUAAUACUUUUGAAUAUGGUUUUCAGUGGAUGAGUGUUUCCAUAGGACAUGAUGAAAAUAGAGACAACGAGUGCAACAGUUCAUUUUUAAAACUGCAUGCAUGCAUCAUUUGUGUGUACAGUUACCAUGAUUGUAUAUUCACUUUGAGUAAUUAUACUGGUCCUCAACCGGAAAAUAAGUCUAAUAUGCUGACUUGCAUGCAUCAUUACUACAGUGCACAUGCAACCAAGACAGUUGUAGGUGCCUUUGAUGGAUAUCAAUAUGACGAUAAGCUAUCAGAAUGAAAUAGCUUCUGUACGUAAGUUAUGUGAGUCGAAAUCUACAGGAGAUUCUUUGUUAUUCUUGGUACCUUUUAUAAAUGCCGUUGUUCUGCUCCUUUGAUUAGUUUCAAAUAAAAAGCCCAAAAUGAAAAAGAAA